CCGAAGCACCACUGCUCUCUUUCAUCCGCAAAGCCAUCCGUUCCUGCCGGGGGGGUGGGGGUUGUGUCUUGCUUUGAUUUCUUUCUCUUGCCCUCUCGUAUUUUAAAGAAGAAUCGGAGGAAAGACAUGGAAAGACCGUGACCAGAGUUUGGCCUCGGUUUACAUGGUUUUGGACGGUGGAGGACUCAGGAAGGCCACCGCCAGAGAGAUGGAGAGGCAGAAGGUUGUUGUGGUGGUGGAGGAGGCCGACGCCGCCCGGACCGCCCUCCUGUGGGCCGUGCGCAACUUCAUUCGCGGCGGCGACUCCAUCACCCUUCUCUACGUCUGCCCCUCCACGCGAUCCAAGCGGAAGCAGAGGAACUAUAGGCUCAAAGGAUUCCAGUUGGCUCUCUCUUUCAAGGACCUCUGCAAUGGUAUCGCCGAGGCUAAGGUGGAGAUCAUAGUGACAGAGGGUGACCAAGGGGCGCUGGUCGUGUCGACUGUGACCAACGUUGGGGCUUCAACUCUUGUGGUAGGACUCCAUGACAAGAGCUUUCUCUACAAGGCUCCCAUUACAAAUAUUGGCACAAGAAGCCUAAAUUGUCGGAUUCUUGCUAUUAAGCAGCACUCAACCACACAGUAUGGCCUUCUCAACACAGACUUCUCUCAAGUUGAAACUACAAGGUUAUGCAUAUCAGAAUCCAGAAACCUAUUUCCUAUCUUCCCUCUGUCUUUAAGAAUGUUCUUUGGAAAGUCUAAGAGGAGAAAGUGCUAAGGUUAUAAUUUAGAGUGCAGGACUAUGGGCAUUCCCCAUGUGACCACAAGCAAACCGUUGAUAUAUAUUUUUUUCUUUUCUUUGACUUGCAACGAAAUACACACACAAAUAGAAAAAACAGUCAAAAAUGUUGAUCCGUGGGUUUCUCUUAACUAUCAAACAGAGAUUUAGCAAUCAGCAGUACUCUUAACAAUUCGGCCAAACUUUCUUUGAUGAUGCUUGCUGUUGCCAUUAUUUACGCAAGCUCCGUUCUCGUGUUGUUCCUUGUGCUGUUUGUUUUGUGCUGCAUCAGUGGUGGCAUGAUUACUGACUGCAUCAGACAAUCCCUGGGUGAUAAUAGGUGCAAGGAAAAGAUUGGUUUGAUUCUGUGGCUGUGUUCUCUUUUGCAAGAUGUUACAGUUGUCUGCGUGGUUUGUGAUCAUCGUACUAAUUACUGCUUGUAUAUUGAUCUUUUGAGGUGUCCACUUUGAGUAAAAGACAACUACUGGUGGUUUUGAUUAAACAAAGCCCGUGACAAGAGUAGCAUCCGUGUAGAGAACAUCAAAACCAUAGUGCUUGCUUGAUCUGGAUUGCUUAUGAUCUAUAAGAGCGCAAUGCUUAUGUAAAUGUUCAGGGUAAUCUACUGUGCUAUGAAUAAUUGUCUGUUGAUAAUAACUUGAAAAUGGAACGGACUAAAUAUGUGUGAAAAUAAAUACAAAGCUAAUCAA